UAUAGUAUAGUAUAGGUUCAGGCCCCUCAAAAUCUGGGACAGCAGGGACCUGGGGACUCUAGGCACCAGCAUCACAGCCUUCGAGAUGAAAGGGAAGAGCAGUGGGGUCCCCCCAGGUUCAGGGGAGCUGAGCCCAGACCCCCAGCUGUAUGUGCCCUGGAGAGCUGAGUUGGAAGCAUAGGCCGGGGUCCCCCCUCCCGCACCUCCCACGCCCCCUCUGUCCGGGGCUGGGGGCUGAGACCUGGACGGGGCUCUUUCUGCCCGGCCACUCGGGCAGGAUCACCCUGCUGACUCAUGCUGGGAGGGACUCAUUGUGGGUUCAGCUCCCUGCACACACAUUUGGGUUCGUGGUGUUCUCAUGCUCAGACUGAAAAUUCCUCCAGCAUCCGUUUCCGUGUUCACAUUUCUGCUCUCGGAGCCCUCAGCCGACAGGGGUUUCCUUUAAAAAUAAAACCAGCCGCCCUCUCCCCUGCCUCCUCCCGGAGAUGUAACGUGAGUGGCCGACCGCUGGAAGCGAAGGCAGAGCCUGACCGGUUGUCUCUUUAAAUCGCUCUGCAGUGGGACGGACGCGGGAAGGACCAUUCCCAGCCUGCCGCAGGGAGCGGCGCCGACGGCCUCCCCCAUCCCCAUGGUUACGGCUCCCACUUCCCGCCGGUCGUGGUCCCCGGCUGUCGCCCUCGGAAGCAGGCGCAGAGGCGGCUGGCACUUGUCGCCGAGUCCUGGAAGCUGCCUGCUGAGAAUUGCACUGCAUGUCUGCCGGCGCUGGCUGUGACUCACCCCCGCUGCAGGCUUGCAAUCUGUUGACAACUCCACUUGCAAGCUCCAGCCACCGCCUCCCGGAAUGGGGAACUACCCAGCUCAGAGAGCUCGCCACGUCUCGCCGCCGGCAAGGGAAAGCGCGGCACUGUCGCCACUCCAGCUGCUUCUGCCAAAAUAGGUGGGUGCAGCCUCUGCACCCUCAGCCCCACCAGGGCGACCCCGAGGCCCGUGGCUGGACUCCGUGGCUGCUGUUUGGGACCUUGACCUCUGGACCGCCAUGGAGGCCGGCGGGGAGAAAGGUGCCACAUAGCCGGGCGCCGGGGACCCACCGCCAUCCACCCAGCACUCACCCUCCCGUGACUUCACAGCGCUCAUGCGCCAUCCGCAUCAGCAGGAAGGGCCGGCACGCGCUCCUGAACCUCUGUCUGCACGUGGCCCUGACCUUCACGGCGUUCGCCGGCGGCAUCAACCGCACCAAGUACCCGACGCUGUGCCAGGCGGUGGGCAUCGUGCUGCACUACUCCACGCUGUCCACCAUGCUGUGGAUCGCAGUGACCGCCAGGAACAUCUACAAGCAGGUGACCAAGAAGGCCCCGCCGAGCCCUGGCGCAGACCAGCCGCCGUACUCCCAGCAGCCCCUGCUCAGGUUCUACCUCAUCAGUGGAGGGGUUCCUUUCAUCAUCUGUGGAGUCACAGCUGCCACAAACAUCCGGAACUAUGGGACAGAGGACAAAGACUCAGCAUACUGCUGGAUGGCCUGGGAGCCCAGCCUGGGAGCGUUCUACGGGCCGGCGGCCUUCAUCACCCUGGUCACCUGUGUGUACUUCCUGGGCACCUACGUCCAGCUGAGGCGUCACCCGGAGCGCAGGUACGAGCUCAGGGAGCGGACGGAGGAGCAGCAGCAGCUGGCGGGGCCGGAGGCCGGCCCCAGCCCCAGGGCCCCGUCGGGCGUGCCACCCAGCUGCGACGCCCUGGCCGCCUGCCUGCUGCAGAAUGAGCACCCGUUCCAGGCCCAGCUGAGGGCUGCCGCCUUCACGCUGUUCCUGUUCACGGCCACGUGGACCUUCGGGGCCCUGGCCGUGUCCCAGGGCCACUUCCUGGACAUGGUCUUCAGCUGCCUGUACGGCGCCUUCUGUGUGACGCUGGGGCUCUUUGUGCUCAUCCACCACUGCGCCAAACGGGACGACGUGUGGCACUGCUGGUGGUCCUGCUGCCCCUCCCGCGGGGACGCCCACCCGGCCCUCGACGCCAAUGGGGACGCCCUGGGGCCUGCGACCUGCCUGCAGGACUCGCCAUGUCCCGGCAAGCCGAGGGGCUUUGCCCACCCACCGGCUGGCCACUGCAAGAUGACCAACCUGCAGGCCACCCAGAGCCACGUCAGCUGCCUGUCGCCGGCCACGCCCUGCUGCGCCAAAAUGCACUGCGAGCAGCUGGCAGAGGACGCAGCCCACAUCCACGUGCAUGAGGAUGCCUUUGGGCAUGGCCCGCCCCUGCACAGCUGCCUCCAGGGCAGAACUAAGCCUCACCACUUCGGCCGACUCCGGGCGGCCCCCGCCGAGCAGGAGUACGCCUACCACAUCCCAUCCAGCCUGGACGGCAGCCCCCACAGCUCGUGCACGGACAGCCCCACCAGCUCGCUCGAGGGCCCAGCGGGGGUGCACGCGCUGGCCUGCUGUGCCCAGGGCGACCCCUUCCCCUUGGUCAGCCAGCCCGAAGGCGGCAGCGCCAGCCCCACGCUCUACGGCUGCCCGUUGCGGCUGGGCAGGGAGGCGGCCCACGGCCCCGCCCACUUCGAGAUGCUCCGAAGGACACAGUCCCUGCCCUUUGGUGGCCCCGGCCAGAACGGGCGGCUCAAGGACGACGAGCACGACGCCCUGCCUUACGGUGCCGACAGCACGGGCAACAUCCGAACGGGGCCCUGGAGGAACGAGACGGCCGUGUAGCCGGCCCCCCGCCACCCGCCCCUGGACGAGCUUCAGAGCAGAGCGGGGCCCCUCUGCCAUGUGAGGCCGGGGGUCACCAAGUGACAGAACCUCUCAAAAGUAGCUGGCAUCCCCACUGACCCCUCGCUGUGAAGGACUUGACUGGGAAGACAGUUUGGGACAUGUCACCACCGUUAAUCCCAAGGUCAGAUGAGCCAUUCACGUCUGCUGGCACCACUCUCCACCCUCAGCAUCCAGUGCCUGGGCAGCCCAGCAACGGGGCAGGGCUCGACCAGGGCACUGCCCUCAGUGCCCACCCACGGCGGGCCUGGCCACACCGGAGGCACCGCCAGUAUCUUCUGUGUUCAGCGUGUGUGUUCAGUUCUGCUCCGAGGGGCGGCAGCCUCCAGCCAGCCCAGUGUGCUCUGGACCAGGGCCGUCGCCACCGGCCGCUCUGUUCGCAGGGACCCACGUCAGCUCCUCUGCCUGGCACCGUCUCCGCCUUCUGCCCCCGUCCUGCAGGCCUGCGAGCAUCACAGAUGCUGGGGCAGCAGCCUGACUGGCAGCUUUCAGAGCGCUGACUGGGGCCUCAGAGCCGGCGCUUGCAGAUGCCCAGACGCCCUUCAAUGGAGAUUCGACUGCCAAAGCCCCUGUCAGGACUGAAUCUCACCCCAACAUGGGCAUUCGGGAAAAAAGAGGAGGCGCUUGCAUUUCCAUGAACAUCUGGGCACCACGCCCUGACUCAGAGGACAGAGGUGACCCAUCCCACGGGUGGGGGUCAGUGGGUCCCCACGGAGGCAGAACCCCGGACACCCAGAGGGAUGCGACGUGCAUGUGAGACCGUGUGCGGCCCUCCCUCACUCCUGCAGCUGUGAUACUUGUGCAGACAUGCACACGCACACAUGUGUGCAUCACACGCUCACACCCACACGUGCACAAUGCAACACCACACAUGUGCUCACGCGUGCACACACGUGGUGACACGUCACCACCACACGUGCGCACGGCACAUCACACAUGGGCAGAGCAGCGUGUUCUCCAGCGUCUGAGGGCUGGGUGUCCAGUGCUCUGCCUGGCUGCGUCCCUGGGGCGUGCCUCUGUGCUGCGCCAUGUAGGUGGGGGGACAUCACGAGGAGCAGGCCCCUCACACACCGGGAGGGGAGGGGAGUAUGUCGGGCUCCCAGGGGCCCAUGCUCAGUAUCUGAGCACAGCCAGCCUCCCUUCCUGGGAUCCGUGCAAAUCUGACAGUGACGUUGUAACUUCCCGCAGUGUCUGUACCUGCUGCAAACCCCGUGUGUCCUCACAGGUCAGCCAGACGGGCACCCGGAUGACCGCCGGCGGUUCCUGUCUCCUUCGCCUGCCUCUUCACCUGCUUCUGUAGCCGACACGGACCGGAGAGCUGACACCAUGCUGUGUGCACUGUAGAUGCAUACCCGUCAGACGAAAUACAGUGUUUUGCAUUGUU